CAUUAGUAUUAAAUCGGUCGAGGAACGUCCAGCACGGCGCGCAAUAUCCGGUAGAUACAAUUUAAAUCCGUCAGAUACAUAUAUAUAUAUAGAGCAAAAUGGCUGAGCAGAAGAAGGCCCCGCUGCUGAAGAAGGAGGAGGACUAUGUCAAGGCCCUCGAGGGCUUCAUCAACCCGGAAACGGAUAAGGUUGCCCUGCUCCUGGAUUACGAUGGCACCCUGGCUCCCCUCACCGAGGAGUUGUCCGUGAUGCCCAAGGACACGGAGAUCAACAUCAAGAAACUGGCUGCCAAUGAUAAGAUCUUCAUGGUUGUCUUCUCUGGCCGCGAACUGAGUGAGAUCAAGAACCACCUGAAGUUCCCCAAUGUCACCUAUGCCGGCAACCAUGGCCUGGAGGUGGAGUAUCCUUCCGGCAAGAAGUUCAAGAUCGAGAUGCCCGAGGAGCUGCUCGAGAAGCACAACAAACUGGUGGCCGAGCUCAAGGAGAAGGUCGUGUGCUCUGGUGCCUGGGUUGAGGACAAGAAAAUCUCUGUGACCUAUCACUACAAGGGUGUCACCGACAAACUGAAGACCAAGCUCAUUGGAGAGGCCAAGGCUCUGAUCCAGGCUCAUGGCUUCCAGCUGAUCGAGACCCCCUAUGCUCUGGAGGGCAAGCCCCGUGUCAACUGGGACAAAGGUGAGGGUGCCAAGAUGAUCCUGGAGAAGCAGUUCGAAGCCGAUUGGGCCAAGAACCUGAAGAUCAUCUAUGUGGGCGAUGAUACCACAGAUGAGGAUGCCAUCAAGGUGCUGCAUGGCAUUGGCAAGACCUUCCGUGUCUCUGAGCUGCCCACGCUGAAGACCUAUGCCAACUAUCAGAUCAAGACCGUCGAGGAGGUUGGAUGGCUCCUGAAAGCCGUGCAGGCCUACUACGAGAAGAAGAAGAAGGCCUAAGCCUAAGGAUCGUCAGAGGAUAUUAAGCUUAAGCUAAAUUCCAAGCACACGCACACUCACAACAAAAUCCCACUCACACACGCACACAUACACACAAUAAUAAAAAAUACAACAAUUAAAUCGCUUUGUAAAUGUCGCAUCCGUAAAAUGCUCGACAAUUAUCUUUGGAAUUCUUAUUUGUGUCUUUGAUUAUGCCAAAUAAAACAUAAAUACAACAUUUUAAAUGA